AUGGUCGAGUAUUGGUUGGAGGUCACCGAGAGUAUCAUGAACGAUAUCGACUAUACUCUUGAGCAGAAGCUUAAAGGUGCAGUCUUUUUGCUUCGCGACGAGGUGUAUUCGUGGUGGUUAUUGGUUGAGGAGGGGGAAGUAUGUGGGGCGAGCUAUGUUGAUGCUCGUAGGCAUGAAUUCAUGAAUCUCACGCAAUGUGAUAGAUCUGUGGUCGAGUAUGAGGCUGAGUUUUUGAGGUUGAGCCGCUACGCUCGAGGCAUGGUAGCGUCUGAGUAUGAGAAAUGUGUCUGUUUUGAGGAUAACUUGAGGGAUAAUCUGAGGGUGUUGAUUGCUCCACAGAGGGAGCGAGAGUUCUCAGUUCUGGUGGAUAAGGCGAAGAUCACAGAUGAGGUUAGUGGGUGGAGCGCUAAAAUAAGGAUCGUGAGAGAGGCAAGAAUAAGAGAGAUUCAGAGCCUUUUUAAUUCUGUUCAGAGGCCCAAAAAACGUGCCAGACUUGAGGGGCCUGUUAGAGUGGGGGUUCCUGUUGCUCCUACUAGGAUUCAACCAUGUGAUGAUUGUGGUAGGCGCCAUCCGAGAGAGUGUUGGAGGAGGUUAGGGGCUUGUUUGAGGUGUGGUUCUUUGGAGCAUCAUAGUAGAGAGUGUCCACAGCGGGCUGAUCAGAUGCAAGCUUCAGAACCGGACAUAGGUUCUACACAUUCCUAUGUAGCUAGUACUGUUUCUGAAAACUUGGGGAUUUCUAUUGAGUGUACUUCUAGUAAGGUUACCGUACUGAGUCUUUUGGGGCAAUCUGUUCGAGUAAGUAGAGUUUAUAGGAAUGUUCCGUUAGAGGUGCAGGGGGUUGUAUUUCUGGCAAAUCUGAUGGAGCUACCGUUUGCGGAGUUUGACUUAAUUCUGGGUAUGGACUGGUCAGUUGUGCAUAGGGUUAGUUUGGAUCACACGACUAAGAGGGUCUUUCUGAGGAUCAUGGAUGAUAAGGAGGUGGUUGUGAUCGGUGAGCAUCAAGAUUGUUUGUCUAAUGUGAUCUCCGCUUUUAUGGCUGAGAAAUGGGUUCGGAAAGGCUGUGAGACAUUUAUGGCUUUCGUCAGUGUUUCAGUUUCUAGGGACUUUUCUGUCGGGGAUAUUGGAACUGUGAGGGAACUUACUGAUGUCUUUCCUAAGGAGUUAACAGGUUUACCCCUGAAUCGGGAAGUUGAGUUUGGUAUUGAGCUUCUACCGAGUACAACUCCGAUAUCCAUCGCUCCAUACCGUAUGGCACCAAAGGAGCUUACAGAGCUUAAGGCUCAAUUUCAAGAGCUUCUGGAUCAUGGUUUCAUCUGUCCUAGUGUGUCUCCAUGGGGGCACCAGUUUUGUUUGUAA